AUGUUAGUGGAUACAUCUGCUCUGCAGCAGGUCUACUCCAAUGAUACAAUAUCGUACACCAAUCCAAAUUAUUUCAAUAAUUCUGGUAAUCUAUCAAAGACAGAUUUAUCAAUGAAAAACAGUAGUUCCGCUAGUCUUACGGACCCAGCAACGAUAGGUAACAAUAAUUUUACCCUUCAAUUGGUACCCAAUAAGCAAAUUGCCGAUAAUAUUACUAAUAACCUUACUGGUGAUACGGUAGUAAAUGACUCGAAUAAUCAAUUACAACCAAACAACGUCUUUGAAGAUUAUUUGAAUUUGGACCCCACCAUGAAUAGUAAACGUCUGUCUAUAUCGGACUAUAAUGUUAAUAUGGAUAAGACAAAAUAUUUUGAAUUUGAAUUUUUUGACGGCAAGACUAAUAAGAUUACCAACAACAAUGACGAUAACAAUAACAACAGCAACAACAGUUAUAUGGAAACUUUGCACAAGAAUUUCAAUUCAAUGGGUAUUACAGUGACAGAAACAGCUCCACAGCCUUCAAUAAUGAACAAAAUGUCAAUGGUGAGUGAGAAGAGUGAUGAUUUUACGAAUGCAACAAGUAUAGUGGAUCCAUACGCCAUUGAUAUCAGAAAAUUAAACUCUAAUAUUUCAACAAAUCAUGAUAUUCUACUAAAUGGGAGUAAUGAAUAUAUGAACAAUAAUGAUGACCAAGACUCAACUUUCAACAUGAUGAGCUUUGACGACAGUGACAUAGAUAUGAGUAAUGAUAACAUUGAAUUCCCAUUGAUUGGUGGCGAGUCAUUGCAACAAUCCGAAGUUCAACCACAACCUCAACAGAAGAAAAGAGUGCGAGAUUACUUCAAGUUAAAUAUCUUUAGUAGCAGUGCCAAUAUUAACACAUCUAUUGAUGACGUAUUCCAUCCGCUUUCAAAGGUGUCUUCAUCGACGUCCUCAACGACGGCAGUAACGACAACCACAACGACGGGUACACCAAUAUUUAAGAAGAAAUAUUUUUGGAAUAGGAAAUCAAAUCCAAGAAAAAUAGUUAAAUCGGUUAAGGAGGAAGAAGCUGAAAUAGAUGAUGAAUUUUCGUUUUUGGAAGAUGCAGAGGAUAUAAUAACAGAGGAGACGGAGAUUAAUCUAUUAAUUAACCCAUCCAAACUGGUAACAUCUUUGGGAAGCCCAAACGGUACAUCCACGGUUGAAUCAAUGGUUUCUUCCCCAAUCGACACUGCAACGAUAACGACUUCCUCUUCAGAAUUAAUGAUAUCGAACAAUCCAUUCGAUGUGACCAGUACAACUACUAAUUUAACAACUCCAACUUCCUUUCUUCAUUUAGAUUCUGCUGAAAAUAUGAAGAUUCGGAAAGAUUCGACUUCUUCAUCUCACCUUCAUAAUGAGUCAUCCACUUCCUCAACGCACGUAAUUAGGAAAAAACUUGGUAAUAUGCCCAAGACAAGAGGUAGGAAACCCUCAUUACUACCGGAUGCAACAAAACAAUUUGCAUGUGACUAUUGCGAGAGACGAUUCAAGAGACAGGAACAUUUAAAGAGACAUGUCAGGUCUUUACAUAUUGGUGAAAAACCAUACGCUUGCCAUAUUUGCAACAAGAAUUUUAGUAGAAGCGAUAACUUAACGCAGCAUAUCAAGACUCAUGGCUAA